UCAAAGUGGCUAAAAAGUUAAGUGACGAUCGUGGCAACGGCACUAAUAUUAAUGCUGAAAGAAGAUGGUUCAACGUAAGAAAAAAAAAAUUAAGUGAAGAUAAUUGUCAUAAAUUAAGUCUAUAG